AUGUCUCUCAAGGGCCCCUCCACCUCCCAGCGGCACCACGACGGCUCCGCCCUGCGCGUCGCCAUCGUCCACGCCUGCUGGAACAUGCACAUCAUCAAGCCCCUCGUUGCCGGCGCAAAGGAAAAGCUCCUCUCCCACGGCGUCAAGGAGUCCAACAUCGUCGUCCAGUCCUGUCCCGGCUCCUGGGAGCUUCCCUUGACCGUCCAGCGCGUCUUCUCCGCCUCGCAGAUCCAGUCCACGUCCACCGGCGGGCCCUCGGCCACCGACCUCCUCGCCUCCUCCGCCACCGACCUGACCGCUCUCGCCAGCGCCGGCGGCGCCGCAUCGGGUGCCUUUGACGCCAUCAUCGCCAUCGGGGUGCUCAUCAAGGGCGAGACGAUGCACUUCGAGUACAUUUCCGACGCCGUCUCCCACGGCCUCAUGCGCGUCCAGCUCGACACAGGCGUCCCCGUCAUAUUCGGCGUCCUGACCGUUCUCAGCGACGACCAGGCCAAGUCUCGCGCCGGCGUCGACGGCAAGGGCCACAACCACGGCGAGAGCUGGGCGUCGGCUGCCGUCGAGAUGGGCGUCAAGAGGAAGCAAUGGGCUGCCGGCAGGAUCGAGGGCUGA